AUGAAGUUGGAUAAUAUUGUUCAGUUAGGUAGUUUAAUCUCGGUGGCGGUUGCUCAAGAAUAUCUAGAUACCACUACAAGUAAUGAUGAAUAUACAAAUUCAACUACCAUUUCUAAUUUGACUAAUAUUACUCGUUCACAAGUCAAUACAUUUCAACAGAAUCUAGAUGAUUUGACACCGUUUUGUAAAAUGGAUAAAAACCAGGUUUUGGGGCCAAAUUGUGACGUCACGAUUACUGAAAUUAACACUAUUAACCAAAAUAUUAGAAAGGAUCUUGUUGGUUUGGUCAAUACUGACUUCUUCAAGUAUUUUAAAUUUGAUCCAUUCAAGAAAUGCACUAUAUGGGAAAAUAACGAUGGUAUAUGUUUUAGUAGAAGUUGUGCUAUUGAUAUGGUUGAGGAUUGGGAUAGUCUACCAGAAUAUUGGCAGCCUGAAAUUCUUGGUUCUUUGAAUAAUAACUCUUUAAAUGAUAAUAUACCCAAGGAUCACCAGGACUCUUCAUUUUUAGAUCAAUUAUGUGAUAACAAAGAAAAGGAUAAGUACAACGAACAACUUCCAAAGGUUGGAAGAAAUAGUGAAGAAAAUAGUGAUGAGUAUGAUAUAAAUUAUUACGACAUAGACGAUUUUGCUAGUGAAGAUGCAGGCUUAGUUGAUUUAACUGCAAACCCAGAGAGGUUCACAGGUUAUGGUGGUCAACAAGCUGGUCAGAUAUGGAAAAGUAUUUAUGCAGAAAAUUGUUUCGAUUCUUCAGAUAAUGAGACUGAAAAAUGCUUGGCCAAAGAUGCUUUUUAUAGAAUUGUCUCUGGGUUACAUGCCUCUAUCGGUACACAUCUUUCCAACGAUCAUUUAAACACCGAGACUGGUGAAUGGGGACCUAAUUUGGAUUUAUUUAUGAUGAGAGUGGGUAAUUAUCCAGAUAGAGUAUCCAAUAUUUAUUUUAAUUAUGCAAUUGUAGCUAAAGCACUUUGGAAGAUUAAACCAUAUUUGAAAGAAUUAGAUUUUUGUAAUGAUUACGAUAAUGAUGUUAAAUCCAAAAUAUUAAAUAUUGUAUCACAAUUAGACAGUAAGAUCUUUAAUGAAGACGUCAUGUUUAAAGGGGAAGUAGAUCAUAGUUUGAAAGAUGAUUUCAGAAGGAGAUUCAAAAAUGUAACCAAAAUAAUGGAUUGUGUUCAUUGUGAUAGAUGUAAAUUAUGGGGAAAAGUACAAACUACUGGUUAUGCUACUAGUUUGAAGAUUUUAUUUGAACUAGAUGAAACUAAUAAAUCAUCAAGACAACGUAUUGUCAAUAAAUUGACAAAAUUCGAAUUGAUUUCCUUAGUCAAUACUUUUAAUAGAUUAUCUACAUCUGUGGAGGCUAUUAAUAAUUUUGAAAAGAUGUAUCAUGAGCGCGAGAAUGGAUUGAAUAAUAAUGGUGUUGCAUCAUUUUUCAACAAUAAUUUUUUCAAACUACUUUCAAAGGCCAAAGAGACCAUAUGUGAUACUUUCAAUGUCUCCACGACUGAUAAUGAUUCAUGUAACGACAAGAGGAAUGUAAAUGAUAGAGAACAGACAUCUUCGAAAGUAAAGAAUUCUAAGUCUCCAAAAUUUGUUGAUUUAAAGAUACCAAAAAAAUCUAAAGAAACAUUUCAAAAUGGUAUCAAAAUGUCAAAUAAAAAGGGAUUUAGAAACACUAUUAAAGAAGCUUGGGAUAUGGAAUUACAUAAUUACAUGCAAGCUAUUAGAUUUAUAUGGAGAAGUUAUUUUGAUCUACCAAGAAAUCUAUGGAGAUUAUUUAUUAGUAGAGCUGCUAAAUUAUGGAAUUCAUUUAUUGGGUUUGCAGGUUAUGUCAAUGAAGAAGAUGAAAAUCCAAUUGUUUAUGAUCUUGAUUUCCAUUAA